AUGAUCGGGACCGAGUUUAUUGAUCCAAAAACUUGGUAUGUUUACGAUGGUGCUCACAUCUACAACAAUUGCACCAAAUUGGUACCUUACCAGUUCUCCUACAAUGCGGGCGGUAUGAUUCUUGGCGCUGCUGCCAUGUACAAUCACACCGAAAACCAGGUCUGGAAAGAUCGUCUUGACAACCUUCUUGAAGGUGUCAAGGUCUUCUUCACGGGGCCUCAGAAGAACAUCAUGACAGAAGUCGCGUGUGAAUCUGUGAAGCUCUGCAAUCUGGACCAGAAGUCCUUCAAGGCAUAUCUAAGCCGCUGGUUGGCUGUCACUACUCAAUGGGCACCUUACACUCACGACUUAAUCAUGCCACUUUUGCGCGCCUCGGCCGUUGCAGCCACCAAUGUAUGCACCGGAGGCGAGAAUGGACAGAUGUGUGGUCUUUACUGGAACAAGAACAAAUUCGAAGGUGAAGUAACCGUGGGUCAACAAAUGGCGGCAUUAGAAGUCACACUUGCUUGCAUGAUUCAGGAUCGGCCUGCUCCGUUGACGAAAAACACCGGUGGAACAAGCAAGCCUAAUCCUGGUGGCGGUUCCGCAGAUAUUGGACGAACCGUCCCCGAUUUGGAGUACGACCCUCUUCCUGCGGGUGAUAAAGCUGGAGCUGCCAUCCUCACUGUUUUGGUUAUCGCUGGCCUUCUUGCCCUUGUGAUGUGGAUCUUUUUGGAUGAGACCUCGGACAGCGGCCCAAUCGACCAAGCCCGGAACUUUGGGUCAUCAACAGCCGCAGCAUUCGCCCAGCGGAAGCAGAAGGGCAUCGACGAGAAGAAUGCUGCAGUGUUCCAGAAUAACGACAGUUCCCAAGAGAGCAACUCCAGGCGCGCGACAAAUGAUAUGAUAAUGAAUGGAGGUGCUCCCAACAGUGAAGGCUAUGCACAUCGUCGAGUAUCCAGCAUGCCAUUGGGUUGGCCACAGCAUGCAGCGAGAGGAAGUGCCACAUACGAUGCUGAUAGAAUUUAUCCCGUUUCGGUUUCAGAUCUUCAGGCUCGAGGACAAUGA